UUUUUUAUGACAAUUCAAGAUCUUUUGCAGAGUUUUAAAAGUAAUGAGACUGCUUUAAUUCUAGACAUAACUUAUAGUUUUUUAACUUGUGGCAUUUUAUUUGACGUAAAUAAUAAAACACAAUAUGUCAUUGUUGAUAAUAACCGAUGAUCCAAGCGGGCACAGCACAAGAGGGGUCAAGUCCGCUACAUUCUAGUGGAAAAAUCAAAAAUACCGUGAUAGUUGAUCGUGUGGAAUGGCUGCCAUGRCAAGGGUUCUUGCCCUUUUGGCGUUUUGUAUUUUUAUCGGGAGUUCUUUAGGAAGAAGUUAUCUCCGAAAUGAUAACCGAAUUUUUAAGAGACAAGCAAAGGGAGGUCUGUGUGAAAAACCUGUCGAUUUGCUGUUCGUUCUUGAUAGCUCMGAAAGCGUUGGGGCUUUAAAUUGGGAUAAAAUAAUCAACUUUACAAGAAAGGUCGCGUCGAAAUUCGAUGUGAAGUACACGCGUUUCGGAGUGGUGCAGUAUCAUUCAACGCCAGAAGUACCAAUCAUGUUGUCAUCGUUUAAAGACAAUGUAACACUAGAUGAYGCGAUUAGUAACAUUUACUUCAAGCCUGGAGCAACAAGAACUGAUUUAGCGAUCUCCAAAGCAAUAGAUGUCUUCAAGAAGGCUUCCUGUCGCCAAGCAAGUCGAGUAGCAAUAUUCAUUAUCGGUGCAAGAUCCACGGAUCUUUAUGUCUCCAAAGGAAARAGCAUCAAUGCAACUGACUUGCUCAGAGGACCAUCCGAGGUCCUGCAAUCUCAGCACGUGUCUGUAUUCACAGUAGCAGUUUCAGAGGGUUUGCCAGAUACGGAGAAGCUUGCCUAUAAGGAUGAACUUAAUAUCAUUGCAAGUGUCCCACCCAUAGACCACAUAUUUGAAAGUGCUACGUUCGACGAGCUGUUGAGCACUCAAGUCGACUCGGUUGCACAAAAAACCUGCCUUGUUAACGGAGGCAUGAGCGAGUGGUCUCAUUGGUCAACGUGUAGUGUAACGUGUGGGCUUGGUACUCGUGUACGCAUGCGCACKUGCAACAACCCAAAACCACAAAAUGGUGGAUUACCCUGCACAGAAAACACUGUGGAGUCAGGAGAGUGUAAUUUGCGRCCCUGUCCAGGAAUCCCACCACCUGUCCAACCAACUGUUGUAUCGUCUGCUGGUAACAACUCCAUGGUUACUUCUCCAAUUCCUCAAACCAACGAAACCUCAUCAUUGGCCCCAUCAAACGCGUCCACACCUCAACCAACGUCGUCAAAUACCAUAACUCCAUCCAAUUCGCAACAACCAAUUUUACCAUCGGUUACUGCACCAAAUACCUGUAAUCCAUCCAUCGCUGUAUUCAUUCCAAAUUAUAAUCUAACAGACUUAGAAAAUGCAGGACCAAAUCCUGGACAAGGAGGAUCUCCAUGGCCACCGUCACCACCCCAAUGUAAACCCCACCAGACUGUAACCCAUGGUUACCCUGAUUAUUACAAGUGUGGAAAUGGAUUUGAAAUGAUCACGUUAGCCCCUCACCAACUCACCGCGUCAUCAACCUACUCUAAGGACAGCGGUAAUUCACUUAUUAAAGCCAGGCAUGCGCCAUAUAACGCUUUGUUGAACAACACCCAAAACGCAGGUGCGUGGUGUGCCGAGCAUCAGUUUGCAGUCACUCAAGACAGCACACAAUUCUUGACAUUAGAUCUCGGUGAAGCUCAGCUUCUUGGUAAAAUUGCUACUCAAGGAAUGGCUCACUGGGACAACUGGGUGACCACUUUUGAUCUGAAGUWYAGCAGCGAUAACAUUCAUUGGAUGAAAUAUGAAAGGACACUCCAAGGAAACUGCGAUCGUCAYUCUAUUACUGAGAAUAUCCUUAACCCACCAAUAUGUGCGCGAUUCAUCAAAGUCAACCCUCUCACGUGGUACACGGCUUUUGAGCCAGAAAAGCAUGAUAUAUGCAUGCGUGUUGGGAUUUUCAAGUGUCGGGAUAUUAAUCAGGUUCCAGUCUCUAGAUGUCGAAUAAAUUCACAACAUGGUCACGAUAAAAAGCAUAACGAGACACGAGCACGAUCUUUAGUAAAUCAAGGUACAAUCGUAGUCAGCAACUAGAGAAUUCAAUACCAGUACCUCGCAACCAUCGUCUACUCACGAAGAGUACUUUGUGACCUAGCCUUCAYAAUGUAAUUAAUGUAAUCUAAUAACUGCGUUUGUAAAAAUAUUAUUUGGGAUUCCUGUGUCACCAUCUACUUGCACAAAAKAGAACUGGUACCUGAUAAGUCUUCUCAUUCUCUCUCGGUACGAUAACACAGGAAGCCCAAAAGRCAUACGAGGAAGCUAACCAUUGAUGUUUAUAUUAUUUUCAUUCCCUUAAAAUUUACUCUUUUUACUUUCCAAUACCUUUUUUAAGAUCCAGUUUACASUUACUUCUCGUCCAGAUUAUACUGUGUUCGCAUGGGACGUCAAUCUCUUUUGCGC